GUGCGCAGCAGUACACGGGCGUUGCUCUUUUUAUUUCGUCUUUCCUUCUAUACUCUCUCGUUCACGGAUCGGAAGCGAGCGCAUGUUACAUAAGAGAACCGGCCUCUCGGCAGUAGACUCCUCGUCAUAGGUAUAUGACCAGAAAGCUCACGCUCUCUGCCUGCGACUCAACAGAUGCCUCUUGUUAUGAGGUCAUGACAUAUCACCAACACAUAAGCAAUUUGUCACGAUGGAUGUACUCAAGCAGAUACUCAUCAUCAUCCUAGCCAUAUGCUUUGUGGUCUUCGUCACCUUCUUCGGCAGGCUUCCCGCUUUGAAGAACACACCCAUGGCUUGGCUACACAAGUUGAUCUGGGUAUAUAUCCCCAAUGCAGUCUUGCGUAUAGACCAGACGCUCACCUCGGGGCGGGUGACCGGAUCGCUGGCAUGGCUCUACCGCCGUCUCAUGUAUGACCGCCAUCCAACCAUCGUGAUCUUCUUUCUGUUAAUCAUGACCGUGUCUGAGUACAUGUAUCUGCCUGCCGUCUUGCCCAGAAUCAGCCUCUUGGCGCAGUCCACCGCCCUCGUCACCGUCCUGAUGCCCUACGUCUUCCUCUACCUCGCCUGCUCCGCAGACCCGGGCUACAUCACGCGCGAGAACCACGCCUACCACAUGUCCCUCUACCCCUACGACUACGCCCUCUUCCACCCGGGCAACGAGUGCCGCACCUGUCGCUUCCUCAAGCCGCCGCGCUCCAAGCACUGCGACAUCUGCAAGCGCUGCAUCGCCCGCGCCGACCACCACUGCGUCUUCAUCAACUCGUGCGUCGGCUACGGCAACCACCACUGGUUCCUGCUCCUGCUCCUGUCGACGUGCAUCCUCGUCACCUACGGCGGCCUGCUGGGCCUCUGCCUGCUCACGGCCAAGAUCAGGGAGGACUACCCGACCUUUACGCUCUGGCCCGCCAGGGACAUGGACUUCCACCGCUACCUCGCCAUCUGGGGCUGGGGCCUCCACGGCGACAUCCGCAUGGGCGCGUCCACCCUCCUCGCCCUCCUCACCGCACCCCUCAUCUGGGCCCUCUUCCUCUACACGCUGUUCCUCGUCUACUGCGGCACCACGACCAACGAAUCCAUGAAGUGGACCGAUUAUAAGGAGGACAUGAGAGACGGCUACGCCUUCUGGCGCCCCUUGGCCCCCGACCGGCCGCGCAACAGACGUCUGGAGCCCCCCUGUCCUCGAUGGCCCUCGUCGCCGGAACACAUCAUACUCACGACUCAGGACGCGCAGCCGCCAAGCCAGGAGAGAAACUUUGCCGGCCAGGGCGAGUGGGAGCAUGUCUGGGACCUGAACGACGUCGACAAUAUAUAUGACAUGGGCUUUUUGCAUAACCUCGGCGACAUCUUCUUCUCCAACUACACUUUUGGCGACGGAACGGGGGAGCCCCUUACGGAGCGUCGACCGCGGGGAAGGAGUAUAUCCGCCAAGUCUGGAUACCCUCAGUAGGGGCACACGGAUGUCGUUGUCAUUUCUUGAGCAUCAAGACUCGAAAGCGGUGCUGUUGUACUCAUAGCGUCUGGCCUGUUGAUGAUCCCGCCGUGUACGACAAAGUAUUGUGUUUUCUUCCGGGAAGAUGGACUUCUCCUCUCUUCAUGUUCUCUUACAUUCUUUUCGAUAUUUGCAGAACGUGUUCACAAUCAUCAAGAUGGGAAGUUAUUGGAAUAUUUUUUGAAGAUGUUAUAAGUGUGUUUUCUUCAUUUUUUUUUUUUU